AUGGUCUUCCCAACCGUUGCUUCGUCUGCAAGUACCUGCUGGUUCCUGUUAUGUGGUGCUGCUGCUCAAGUGCAUUACAGUUUCAGUUCUGGUACUGGUGAGCCUACUGUUAUUGAUUUGUUAGAGGUGGUUUUAGCAAUUUAUGGCUUCCCUGAUGAUCGGAACAAACACCGUACUUGGGGAUUGAUUAGACAUUUUCGGCCGGGUGUUGAUAUUCCUUGGCUUUGUAUCGAUGAUUUUAAUGAUAUUUUGUCCCCAGCUGAUAAGCUUGGUGGUGAUUUGCCCGACAUGGGCCGCAUGCAAGUGGCAACACGAGCAUGUAGUGACUGUGACUUACAUGAUGUUGAUUUUACAGGUAAACGACAUACAUGGAGUAACAAUAGACCCAAGCUUGGUACUGUUCAGGAAAGGCUAGAUUAUGCUCUUGUCAAUAGUGCUUGGGAGUCUCUUUGGCCUUCUAAUAAGGAAAAUCUCAGAUGGCCAAGCUCUCCUUCAGGAGCUUCAGAGGAAAGAUCAAACAAAGGAGGUCCUUAUGGCAAUUAUGUGGCAGAACGAGAGUUGGAUUCCCUUCUAGAACAGGAAGAUGUUUGGUGGAAACAACGGUCCAGAGCUUCUUGGCUCAAACAUGGUGACAGAAAUACAAGGUUCUUCCACCAAAAAGCAAAUCAGAGGCGAAAGCGGAAUUUAAUUGAAUUUUUGAAAGAUGAUCGAGGCAGAAAGGUGGAGGAAGAUCCUGACAUUGCUCGAGUGCUUGGUGAUUACUUUGCUGGUUUGUUCACUUCUUCAAAUCCAGAGGGGAUUGAGGAGACGACAGACCUGGUUGUUGGGAGAGAUUCUCAGUCUCACUUAGCAGUGUUGGGAGAGCCGUUUACUAGAGAGGAGGUGGAGGAGGCGCUAUUCCAGAUGCAUCCUACAUAG